UGAAUAGAUCAAAUCCCACUAUCCACACUGGUCAUUGCAUUCUAUGGACAACAAACACAUGCACAUCAUGACAAAUCAUUCAAAUCGACACCUCUCAAAAAUUAAUGUCAUGUCAACGCACACAGACUUGCAAUAGACUUUGGAGCCUAUGCACAUAUGCGUUGGCUACGCGUGCGUGUUUCUGUGUGAUUAGAUCUGAAGUGGUGCAAGAUGGAUUUUAAAUAGAAAUCUAUAGUGCCCACCAUUAGAGAGAGCCCUCGUAACAACCGCAACGGCGAGGUAACGAGCUGGGGAUUUGCACCCGUUCAAAUUUGGGGAAGAUCGAACGUGACAUUUCCCCGCUGCUCCUGUCAGAUACAGUCUGUCUGUUGCGCGCUACUAAAAUGAUACAAGUGUGUACAGUGUGGCCAUGCCCAUUCAUUAAAGCGAGGAAGCUGUAAGUCUGUGAACUCGGUGCUGUUUACUGUCUGGCAUUAUUGUCGUGUUGGUGAAAGUGAACACGCAUAAACCUGUAGAGCAUAACCUUUCAAACUGAGCAUAGUUUAAGAGAGCAGUAGCCCAUACUGCGCGCGCAUCUGAAACCAACAUGAGCAUCCUUAACUACUCCGCUGUUGAAACUAGAAGAUUAUUCAUCCACCAAAGCAGCUUAUUGCGCGCAUAAUUACGGGGCGGAGAACAGGGAGAUGGUGCGAGUCUGGAGGUGCGUCCUUCUCCUGCAAAUGAGAAAAUCGGGAUGGAAUCGCUCAUCUCUCACCCAGGCUGCGGAAUAUAGUGUCAGAUAAGACAAGUGGUACAGCCCGUCAAACACCUUUUCACUUCUUCCUUGUGUCGUAGCCAACAAGCCCCGGCUUUUUUCGGUCGUUAUUUUUUGAGACUGUUAAGGUGACCGGAGCAGGGAUUCAAGAUGACUGCUGGUCUAGAGAAGGCCUGUCAUCGAUGCCUUUCUCAGAUUGCGAGUAAUGCUUGUUUUGUGUUUGGCCUGUUUGCAUUCCUGGCCCUUCCUCUUACUAUGGCUUAUGUGGGAGUAAAGACAAUAGAUGACUGUCCUGCACAACCCAUGAUUCCACUCUACCUGCUUGUAGGAGGGAUUGUCGGCAGCCUAAAGGUGAUGCUCCUCCUUUAUGACAUCGCCCGAAUGAGGUCCCUCAUCUCAAAGUCUGUCGUCAUCGGCGAUGACGACGAGGACGAGUACCCGUGGCGGCAGAACUCCCACAGGUACCAAGUGCACAUGGUCCUGAGCGCCUUCCUCUUCAUCUGGUUCAUCCUGGGAAACUACUGGGUCUUCUCCGUCUACGUGCCCAACUUCAUCCCGCCCUUCCACCGGCCGCACGAGUACUGCCGCAAGUCGCUGUAUGUGUUUGCGGUGUUCGUGCUGGCUCUCAGCCACUCCGUGCUGGUCCUCCUGCUCUGCUGCUCUUUCUGCCUGCACCUCUGCACCCGCACCAGCACCAGGGACGACUACGGCGAAGACUGACACACCGGCAACGUUCUUGCAAAAUUCUUUUUAUUUUAUUGAUCCAGUUGUGCAUCCAGAUUCAGAGUCUCAAUGAGAUGGAAAGCUCUUUUUGCCUUGUGGGAGCCUUGGCAAACUCUGUCGACAAAAUUCUUAGUUUUUCUUUUUCUUUGCUUUUCUUUUUUUGCUCACUGAAACAUGUUGGUACUUUAGUACAUUGUGGAAUUUGAUGGAAGUGUAAUGCAGCAGAGGUUCACCAGAGGGUAGAGUCGGGGGAGGGGGGGGGGGCAUCUGCUCCACACCUGUUUCUGCUUCCUUUUUGUUUUUGGUCAUUUUUUGGUUCUGUGUUUACUUCUGCAGUGUACGAGGAGUGUGAGGGUUCGUUCACUUUUCUACUGCCCACUGACCUCCUGACCCUGACCUCAGCCAAUUUCAUGAGUCCCAGCAAACAGUGUAAUAUAAUAAAAGACCAAAGCGCACACAAAUCAAUGUAUUCAUAAUACGAGGCCAGUACACUGCAACACUUGUUUGUAACACAAAACAAUACUGAUGGCAAUAACAGUCAAAGCAGCUAAUUUCCUGUAAUGUCAUAACAAUGUAAUGACACUGUUAAUAUUUUUUCAACCUUUGUAAGCGCAUUAAAGUAGUUUUUUUGCUAAGAUCAAAGCACAACAUUGCUUUAUGUGGCAUGACAGAGAAGUAUAAUUUCUGCAUCUCAGAGUCCUUUGAAGUGUUACCUUGUCAAACAGAUUGUAUUCAUUGUACUUAGUUUGUACUGUAUAAGGUAUUAGUUCUGAACCUAUUGACUAACAUUGGUCUUACCUCUACCUUAAACAAAAUUUACAUGAUUCUCUCUAUUUCAAGACUGUCUAUCUUUUUAUACAACAGAACAAUUAAUCUGUCCUGCACUAGACAGCUACAGUAUGUCUCCCUGUAGCACGCAAAUCAAAUGGGUCAGUUCACACAGCUGAUUGGGCUACAGUCUUAGAACCACAACUCUUUGCUCUCAAUAAAAGAAUAGACAAUACAUUACGUAAGGAAUAAACCAUGAAAGAAAAAAAUUGAAAGAAUUAUGUUGCUGUUUUAACUGCGUUGAAAAAUGCUGGAUUUUGUAGCGCAUUGAUUUUAGAACUGUUAAAAGGCUGAGGUGUCCUUUACUGAGAAUUUAUGCCCACCCUUGGACCAAUUAGAAUUGAGUAUUCAGCCAAGCCGUUGUAUAAAUAUCAUUAUAUACACAUUAUAUAUACCUUUGUAUUUGGUAUGACAUUAUGGCAUGUGAACAUGGUUUUUUCCUGCACUGAAUCAUUUUUAUACUAAUAUAUUUAUGUUGUAUGUUGUAAUGAGGGCAUAAUUUAAUCACACUCCAUUGGUUGUUUGACAUAAAAUGGCACUGAGCUUAACCAGAGGUGCUUUUAAACAUUUUUAUUGAUUUUCUUAUUAUCUAUGUGGUGAGAUUUUGCCCCUGAAUAGUAUGCAAAUAUGUCUAAGGCCAACUGCAUGGGGCCUAAUUGGAAAUGUAUAUUAAAAUAAUGGUUUCUCUGAACUUAAGAGACUUGCUUUAUUGGUGGUUUUUUUGUUAUUUGAAUAAAGUAUUUGGUUUAGUUUAUGCAAAUGAGCUUAUAUUGAUUCUUGAGUUUUAAGACCAAAUCUUGCUCUAAUCGUGUUAAUAUUCUUUGCUCAGCAUGUAUUUUAUGUGCAAUAUAAGAAUUUAGAUAUUCAGCAUUUAAAUAUUUCUUGACCAUCUGCAUGUCUUUCUUAGUGUUUUUCAGUAGACUACCUUUUUUAUUUAUUUUACAGAAUGCAUUUUAGCAUAAUGCGAAUAUGUGUGCAUCUGCAUUAUGACAGGAACAAUGUAUUUGCAAACACCAAAAUAAAUAAUGUAAAAAAUCAA